AUGCCUCAAGACCCCGCCACUACCCUCAGCGCUAUGCUGCGCGGAGCCACCAUAGACGAUCACGAUGAAAUUCUCAAAGCUGCCAAUGCGGCCCUCAAGGCCAACAAAAACGAUGAGCUCGCACAAAACACGAGAGUUGUCGCUCUGUUGAAGCUGGACAGAUUUAGCGAUGCUUGUCGGGCAAUAUCCGAGGGUGGGAUUAAGCUAGAAGCCAAUUGUGUGCUUGAGAGGGCAUAUGCUCUUUACAAGUUGGGAAAACUAGACGACGCAACCAGUGUCCUUGCAUCCAUGGGCAUUCAGAAACGAAGCCUUAGCCAUCUUGCGGCUCAAGUUGCAUACCGUGCCGAGAACUUUGAUGAGGCGCAGUCCAUAUAUAAUCGACUUCUUGCCUCUGAUCCCGAUGAAGAGGCCAAUGAUCUUAGCAUCAACCUCCAGGCAGCACAAGCUCAAGCCGCGUGGAAAGAUAUCUCCACAUCUAUUGUCCCGGAUUCAGAAAAAACCAUGGAGGCCUUUGAGCUGUGUUACAAUGCCGCAUGCGCAAAUAUCGCCAGAGGAUCUUUGCAACUGGCACUGAAACUUCUCCAGCGAGCCCUGGCCCUCUGUGAUGCUUCUGAUGAGCUGACAGACGAGGACAAAGAAGAAGAGCGCAAGCCUAUUCUUGCCCAGCAGGCUUUAGUUUUGGCCAAGAUCGGAGACCUUAACCGUGCUAGGGAUAUAUAUUCUUCCAUAGACAUCUCUGCGGAAUCCGAACCCGAUUUCAAGAUAAUCACUCAAAACAACCGCUGGGCGCUGGAAAAGAAGCCUGAGAAUCCCUUCUUGGUCGAACGCGAGGUUGCGUCUUGGAUGUCAGCAAGCAGUAAGGCUAAACUGUUCAAGUUUCAAUCUGAUGUUCUUGCCCGGAAUGCAUCUGUCGUUGAUUUGCGUGCACACAAAGUCAACGGUGUUAAAGAAAGGGUGAAAAAGGCGACAACAAAAGACCAAAUGCCAUCCUGCAAUGCUGAUUUAAACGGCAUGUCCGUCAUUGGAGCUGCUGCGGAGACGCAAGGUUUGGCCCGAAAGGAUGCUCUGCGAUCCCUUCUUAGUCUUUCCAAAGCAAGACCCAACGAUACGGGGCUUGUCUUGACCAUAGUGCAGCUUCACUUGGAGCGGAAGAAGCUCGGUGCCGCCCUACACACUCUGAUGUCGUUUUUCUCGCGACUGGAAGGGUCCGGGGAUGAACAAUCCCAACGUGUCCGUUUUAGCCCUGGGCUGGUAGCGCUUGCAGUAGCGUUGAAGAAGACCCAGAAACGGGAGACGUCAGCCAGGGCCGAGCUUGUGAGGGCGGCGGAGUUCUGGCGCGAGCGCCCAACCACUUCGGUUGUUUCCCUUCUCGAAGAGGCUGGCAUUGCACUUGCGUCCUCCUCUAGCCGCAACGAAUUGAACCUGGCACGGGUUGCCUUUACGAAGCUACAUCAUGAAAAACAAGUGCCACCUAUUACUUCUGCUGGGUUGGUCGCAGCGGUAGCUGCUUCUGACGUUAGCGCGGUGGAACAACACAUUGCGCAACUUCCUUCCGUGGAAAGCCUUGUCAGUGGCAUUGAUGUAGAAAGUCUUAUAAACUCUGGAGUGGCUUCUACCGUCGAAGCCUCAGCAGCAAGCAGGAAGAGGCGGUCCCCCACCGCUCCAAGCAGUGAGCGCCCAAGCCAGAGAAGAAAGAGGAUAAGGCUGCCGAAGAACUUUGUUGAGGGUCAAACCCCUGAUCCUGAAAGGUGGCUUCCAUUGCGUGAUAGAUCAACUUAUCGGCCAAAGGGUAAGAAGGGACGGAAGAAAGUUGCUGAGUCUACACAGGGUGGUGUGGUAAAGGAGGAGGAAACCCUUGGUCUUGUGGGCGGUGGCGGUGUCAAGGUAGAAAAAGCGUCGGCCUCAAGCUCAUCCAAGAAGAAGAAGAAGGGCAAGAAAUAG